AAUAAAAGCAUUCUAAUAUUAUCCCUUUGUUUUACCAGAAAAACUAGAAACCCAUUGAGGAAAAAUCAAAGUCCAAAAAAGCCAUCAAAUCAAUACCCAAAUAAAUGGCACAAAUCGAAGAAACUGAAUCAAUAAUCUCAUCUAUAUUCUUCAUCAAAAUCAUGAGCAAAAGAAGAACAUGGGUUUUCCUAUUCAUCUCUGUUUACGCAAUUUUGCUAUCGAUUUCAUGGAAUUUUCUCAAAUCAGUACUUUCAUGGUACGAAUCGACGACUAUUUCAGCUAAUUCCUCAAUUUCUUAUUCUGGUUGGCCUGCUUUGUAUGCAUCUGUGUUAUUAGGUGUUGCUUUUGGGGUUCUUUCAAUGGUAGCAGCUUUAUCUGUUGCUUUACCAGCUACUUUAGUAACUUGGAUUACAAUUUUGGUUUUGUUAACUUUUGCUGGAAAACCCAGAAGGGAUUUGGUGUUACAAGGCAAGAAAUUAACUCUUGAUAUUACUCGAUUUGUUAUUAAGAUUCUCAUUAAAGAAGGGAAUGUUGUUGCUGCUCUUUGUGCUGUUCUUGCUUAUUUUUUUCUUGUUAUAUCAACUAAUAAACAACUACAAAAUGGUCCCGAUGAUCCUUGAUCGUGGUGUUCGAGUUAGCUUUCGUACGAGCGUACACAUAACUCUAUCCAUCAACGAUAGAACGGACGAAAUGGUACAUCUAGUGGUUGGGCAAAUAGGAAAAUUGUAAUUGUGAUUUCUUUUUAAAUUAGUUUGUGUAUAAUGAGAUUUUUUUUUUAUUUUUGGUUAGUUUAGAUUUAGGGUUUGAAAAGCUCAAUUAGAAGAUGUUUAUUUAACAAUAUGUAUGUUAUAAUGUUAAAUUGGAUUCUAUUUUGUAGCUAUUACCAAUUUUGUUAUUUUUGUCUCAA